UCCGCCGUCCGCGACUCCGAUCGAUCUCGUCUCGUCUCAUCUUCCCCACGCGAAAGCAAGGCAUGGCGGCGGUGGCGGUGACUGCAGCGAAGAAGCGCGCGGCGCCCCACGGCCCCUGCCCCGCGGCGCCCGGCGGCGACAAGAAGCGCCCCAAGUACAACUUCGGAUCCAUCUACGACUACGAGAAGCUCGGGGUGCUGGGGAAGGGCACGUACGGCGUCGUGGUGCGGGCGCGCCACCGCGCCACGGGCGAGACGGUGGCCGUCAAGUGGGUCCGCGCCACCCGCGGCGGCCGCGAGGACGCCCUCCGCGCUGCCUACCGCGAGGCCGGCUGCCUGGCCGCCUGCCGCGGCGCCCCCUCGGUGCUGCAGAUCCGCGACGUGGCCACCGACGCCGCCACCGGGGACCUCUUCCUCAUCACGGAGCUCGUCGCGGGCCGUACGCUCCGCGACCGGCUCAACCUCGCGGGCGCCUUCCCGGAGCCCCGCGCGCGGGCCGCCAUGCGCCAGCUCCUGCGCGGCGCGGCGGCGGUGCACGCCACGGGCACGCUGCACCGCGACAUCAAGCCCGAGAACGUGCUCGUCGGCCCCGGCGGCGCCCUCAAGAUCUGCGACUUCGGGAUGGCCACGCCGGCACGCCCGCCCUACCCGGAGGACCCGUGCUCCGUCGGCACGCUCUGGUACCUCGCGCCGGAGCAGCUCAGGGGCAGCCGGUGGUACGGCACGGCAGUCGACGUGUGGGCGCUCGGGUGCGUCAUGUUCGAGCUGCUCGCCGGCGAGCCCCUGUUCGUGGACGCCGAGACAGAUGAGGACCUCCUUGUGGAGGUGCUACACCUGGGGCACGAGAUCGACUCCCGCGGGGUGGCGGCGUUCAAGGGCCUGCCGCCGGACCUGUCGCAGGCGGCUGGCGAGGUCCUGUGUGGUUUGUUGUGCGUUGACGAGGACAAGAGGCUCACUGCGGCAGAAGCGCUCGACCACCGGUGGUUCACAGAUGAGGAUGCCCAGUCGCCGGAGCCAGGGGAUGGCCUGAUCAAGUGCAGAGCGCAGACAGACUCAGAGCAGUGUUAGGACCAAAUUACCUAUUCUGAUCUUAUUCAUAACUAUUUGUAACCAAUCUUAUAUGUUUUGUUAGUUAUUAUGUAUAUGUCGGUAGCUGUAGACUGUAGUUAGUCGACUUGAAGCAGUCUAAUACAGUUUAACUGGUUGAUAUC